AUGGCUUUCGUUCACAUGCUCUGCAUUGCUUCACUACUGUCACUUUUCAUGGCGGCCAACGCCAGAAUCCCAGGCGUUUACACCGGCGGGCCAUGGGAGGGCGCCCACGCCACCUUCUAUGGCGGCAGCGACGCCUCUGGAACCAUGGGCGGUGCUUGUGGGUACGGAAACCUCUACAGCGAGGGCUACGGCGUCAACACGGCGGCCCUGAGCACAGCUCUGUUCAACAAUGGCCUCAGCUGCGGAGCCUGCUUUGAGAUUAAGUGUGGAGAUGACCCCAAAUGGUGCCACCCAGGCAACCCCUCCAUCUUCAUCACUGCCACCAACUUCUGUCCUCCAAACUACGCUCUGCCCAACGACGAUGGCGGCUGGUGCAACCCUCCUCGCACCCACUUUGACCUUGCCAUGCCCAUGUUUCUCCAGAUCGCUGAGUACAAAGCUGGUAUCGUCCCCGUCUCCUUCCGCCGAGUCCCAUGUAGAAAGGAAGGCGGAGUGAGAUUCACAAUUAACGGCUUCCGUUACUUCAACUUGGUUCUAAUCACCAACGUCGCGGGCGCAGGAGAUAUCGUGCGGGUGAGCGUUAAAGGCGCGAACACUGAGUGGAUGCCGAUGAGCCGCAACUGGGGACAAAACUGGCAAUCCAAUGCAGACCUGGUGGGCCAGACCCUGUCCUUUAGAGUCACGGGCAGUGACAGGCGUACCUCCACCUCAUGGAACGUGGCACCCGGUCAUUGGCAGUUCGGACAAACUUUUUCCGGGAAGAAUUUCCGGGUUUAA